AUGAGACCUAACACGGGCCUUACGCGAUUCCACAACUGUAAUAUUCUCCGUGAAGGCAAAAUAAUAAAAGAAGAUUUAUGGAUACGCGAAGGGAAAAUAGUUAAUCCUGAACAAGUUUUUUAUGUAGAACAGUCGGAAGCUGAUAUAACUGUAAAUUGUGAUAAUUUACUUAUUGCUCCAGGGUUUAUUGACUUACAAAUUAACGGUGGCUGGGGUGUUGAUUUCUCAUUUGACACUGAAAGCAUUGAAGAAGGUGUAUGUAAAGUGGCAAAGGAGCUUUUAGCUCAUGGUGUGACAUCCUUCUGCCCAACAAUGGUGACAUCGGAAAGAGAGAAAUAUUCACAAAUUCUGCCUCGUAUAAAAAGAGCCCAAGGAGGAAAGCAUGGGGCGACUAUAUUGGGAGUGCAUCUUGAAGGUCCAUUUAUAAGUUUGUCAAAGAAAGGUGCCCAUGCAGAUGAGUUCAUCAUGAAUCCAGUUAAGGGUUUGGAAUCAAUGCGUGAGGUUUAUGGUCCAUUGAAUGACGUAAUUAUUGUCACCUUGGCACCAGAGUUGCCAGGAGCUAUGGAUGCAAUCAAGAGUUUAACCAGUCUAGGAAUCAAAGUAGCACUUGGACACUCAGCAGCCAAUUUGGCUGAUGGUGAGAAAGCUGUGAAGUGCGGGGCAAACCUGAUCACCCAUUUGUUUAAUGCUAUGCUACCAUUCCACCACCGCGACCCUGGUCUCGUGGGGCUGCUGGCGUCGUCUACCGAGAAGCAGGUCUUCUACGGGAUCAUCUCCGAUGGCAUUCACACUCAUCCGGCGGCGCUGCGAAUCGCCUGCAGGACCAACCCUGAAGGGUUGGUGCUGGUGAGCGACGCGGUCCCCGCCCAGGGUCUGGCGGACGGCGCGUACACCAUCGGGCCCAGGUCGGUGACCAUAGAGGCGGGCCGGGCCUACGUCACGGGCACCAAGGUCCUGUGCGGCAGCACCAGCGCCCUGGACCACUGCGUGGCCAAGUUCAAGGACGCCACAGAUUGCUCGCUCGAAUACGCUUUGGAAACGGCAUCAUUGCAUCCCGCCAAGGCUUUGGGGAUAGAAAACCGGAAGGGCAAUCUGAACUUCGACUGCGACGCAGACUUCGUUAUACUUGAGCCCGAAAGCCUCAAGGGCUGUGCCUGGUGCCACAGAAGUAGGGCAAAUAAGCCCACCUCCAAUAGGAGGGUAGCUUUAAAGAGCUCACCUUGUGCGCCUCCCAACCCUAACAGCAUCGCAUCAAUUGGCACUGAGCACGUGUCCCAAACUCCCCCCACCCCCCCCCACCCCCUCCCUCACCGCACCAAAGCCGCCCAGUGCCAUCCAAUG